AUGACUGGUAACGAUGAUUAUUAUGCGUUUGACAACGAAUCAUUGUUGCGAUCCAGGAACAGCGUUAAUGAUGGCGGAUUGCAGCGAGGCGACUCAUUGGUGAGAAGAGAGCGGAAUGAUUUCACAGAUCCAGAAAACCCUCAUCACUUCUAUGCGCAGAAGACGCAGGAACAACGUGCAAAGGGUCAGGUUCAAGUCCAGGAGUCUAUUCCGCUCGAGGACAUGAAUCGCGGUAAGAAAAAUACUGCAUCAUCGAAAACACAAAAGUCGCCAUCUCUCUCAUUUUGGCAAAUCUACUGCUACAUUAUAACUUUUUGGGCACCAGCACCACUGCUAUCGUUGUUUGGGAUGCCAAAGAAAGAGCGUCAGUUUGCUUGGAGAGAAAAAAUUGCCCUUCUAUCGGUCAUCCUGUAUGCGGGCACUCUGGUUGCAUAUCUGACGUUUGGUUUCACGAGAACUGUCUGCAGCAGCCAGACCCUACGUUUGCGCAACAAUGAAGUCUCGACAAGCUAUUUGAUUAUCAACGGGCAGUCUUACGCUUUAGAUUCGUCAUCGCAUCCUGCGGCUGCAGGCAUCGAGGGCGGAACCACUGUUCUGUAUCCCCCGAUUAAUGCAGGAAGCAUGGACGCAACCUUUCUGUUCCAGAACGUCAAUGGGAACUGUAAAGGACUGAUCACUCCAAAAGAAAAUUGUAGCAUUCCAUAUGACGACGAUCAAAAUUUGGCUUGGUAUUUUCCUUGUAAACUGAUUGCACAGGACGGUUCAACAGAGCCAAACUUCACCGUGAGUGAAUAUUAUGAUGGUUGGGCGUGCCACACUUCUCAAGAUGCUCGCGAUGCUUACUACUCCCUCCAUGCCGCUGCAGAUGUCUAUUUUACUUGGGAAGAUAUCAAGAAUUCAACUCGCAAUCUUGUGGUGUACAAUGGGCAUGUCCUAGAUCUAAAUAUGCUGGAUUGGUUACAAACUGACGAUCUGGAUUAUCCUCCACUUUUCGACCGGCUGAAAGAUUCCAAAUUGCAAGGCUAUGAUAUUUCGCUGGUUUUAUCGGACUCUUUUGAAAAAAAAGCAGCGAGGUGCUUGUCAGAGGUAAUCAAGGUUGGCGAAAUCGAUACAUCCACUAUUGGUUGUCUUGCCUCUCAAGUCGUUCUAUACAUUUCCCUCGUUUUCAUUCUGGCAGUUGUCUUCGUGAAGUUUUUCAUAUCGUGCUAUUUUCGGUGGUUUGUGGCAAGAAAGCAAGGCGCUUAUACCGUGAGCAAUAAGAGCAUGAAACAACAUGCCAAUGACAUCGAGGAUUGGUCUGAGAAUAUCAAUGCAAGAGGCCCAAUUAAAAGGGUUGACCACAACAUGAGGCCGCAUGGCCAACGCAGAACCUCGGCGUUUGACCUCAUUAAGCGCAACUCCAUGAUGCUUCUCAAUGAUGACACCACCUCUAAGGAUCGGGAUAAGUUUCGUGGGAUGACAACCAUGACCACUCAAUCCUAUUUGAAAACGAAUGUUCAAACUGAGGGACACAACGGUGCGGAUUUCCAGUCUCCGUUCACUAACGACUUGAUUUCGCCAUCAAAUACUUUAGAAACCUUGGAUUCAUCCAUUAUCCAUCCAGACGUUGUAGCACAACCCCCGGCUGAUUAUAUGCCCAAUGGAUAUCCUUUGGUGCAUACGAUAUGUUUUGUGACUUGCUAUUCCGAGGAUGAGAGUGCCAUACGCACCACGUUAGACUCUCUGGCCACAACAGACUAUCCUAACUCCCAUAAGUUACUAAUGGUCGUUUGUGAUGGUAUUAUUAGUGGUUCUGGAAACGCUUUGUCGACGCCUGAUAUAGCGCUGGGAAUGGUUGAAGAUUUUGUUGUGCCGCCAGAAGAAGUUGAACCUCAUUCAUACGUGGCCGUGGCAUCUGGUUCGAAGAGGCAUAAUAUGGCCAAAGUUUACGCUGGAUUUUACAAGUAUGACGAUUCCACGAUUGAGCCGGACCUUCAGCAAAAAGUUCCUAUUGUUGUCAUUGUGAAGUGCGGCACUCCAGACGAGCAAGCUUCGGUCAAACCUGGAAACAGAGGUAAGCGUGAUUCUCAAAUAAUUUUGAUGUCAUUCCUGCAAAGACUGACUUUCGAAGAGCGUAUGACAGUGUUUGAGUAUCAACUGCUAAAGAACAUAUGGCAGAUAACUGGACUAAUGUCGGAAUUUUACGAACUAGUUCUCAUGGUUGACGCUGACACCAAAGUCUUCCCCGAUUCUUUAACGCAUAUGGCUGCAGAAAUGGUGAAAGACCCCGAAAUCAUGGGCCUUUGCGGUGAAACCAAAAUCGCUAAUAAAACAGACUCCUGGGUAUCGUGGAUUCAGGUGUUUGAGUACUACAUUUCCCAUCAUCAGGCCAAGGCUUUCGAAUCUGUGUUCGGAAGCGUUACUUGUCUUCCAGGCUGUUUCUCGAUCUAUCGAAUCAAAUCUCCAAAGGGUCCUGAUGGUUACUGGGUACCUCUCUUAUCCAAUCCUGACAUUGUGGAAAGAUAUUCUGACAAUGAUACUGGCAGUCUGCAUAAAAAAAAUCUGUUGUUAUUGGGUGAGGAUAGAUAUUUGUCUUCUUUGAUGUUGAGAACAUUUCCCAAGCGUAAACAGGUGUUCUUAUCGAAGGCUGCAUGUAAAACGAUUGUUCCCAACCAGCUGAAGGUUCUGCUGUCGCAGAGAAGACGGUGGAUCAACUCGACUGUACACAACUUGAUGGAACUUGUGUUGAUCCAGGAUCUUUGUGGCAGUUUCUGUUUUUCCAUGCAAUUCGUUAUUGGUAUGGAACUCAUUGGAACUUUGGUCCUACCACUUGCCAUCUGCUUCACCAUUUACGUCGUCAUUUUUGCCAUUGUAUCUCACCCCACGCCAAUUAUUACAUUGGUCCUGCUCGCUGUUAUCCUGGGUCUUCCAGGUCUCCUCAUUGUCGUGACUGCUAGUAGAUGGUCUUAUUUGGGUUGGAUGUUAAUCUACAUCGUUGCAUUACCAAUUUGGAAUUUUCUAUUACCUGUCUACGCAUACUGGAAGUUCGAUGAUUUUAGUUGGGGUGAUACGAGAACGAUUGCCGGGGGAAAUAAAGCUUUGCAUGACGAAGAGGUGGGAGAAUUUGAUCACUCCAUGAUCAGAAUGAGAACUUGGAGGGAAUUCGAGAGGGAAGAGCGCCUGAAAGGAAAAGGUCAGGGACAGCACUCGAGACUCGGGUCUAUCUUGAACCUCAACUAUAUGGCUGAUGGUUCCAAUUCGGACUGA